UUUUUUUUUUUUGAGUACAAUAAAUUAUGCAUUUUUUUUUAUAUUAUGAAUAGAUUGAUGAUGGGUUUAAGUGAAAAUUUGGGUGUGAAUGUUUGAAUUCCAUUGGGCGUAAUGAUCUCAGCCAACCGGACUUCAUUUGGAUGGUCUCUCUUAAAGGCAAAACAGCUAUUGUCACUGGUGGAGCUCGUGGAUUGGGUGUGGAAAUGACAUACGCUUUAGCAGAAGCUGGGGCCAAUGUCAUGAUCACUUACAACACAAGUGCUACGUCUGCCGAACAAAUUGUCAGGGAUAUUCAAGAUAAAUAUAAGGUACAAUGUCGAGCGUAUGCUAUGCAGGUCACCAAUGCUGAUCAAGUCAAGGCCACGGUGGAUCGUAUCUACAAAGAGAUGACAUCAAUAGAUAUCUUUGUCGCCAAUGCUGGGAUCUCUCAUUUAGGAAAAGCAGAGACUUUUGAUUUGGAUGAUUGGCGAACCAUCUUUGAUGUCAAUGUACAUGGUGUAUUUUAUGGAGUUCAAGCAGCUGGAAAAUAUAUGUUGGAACAAGGUCAUGGAAAUGUCAUCAUCAUAUCAUCCAUUUCUGCCAAAAUAGCCAAUGUUCCACAAGCUCAAUGUGCUUAUAAUUCAAGUAAAGCCGCGGUCUCCAUGAUGACAAAAUGUUUAGCUUCAGAGUGGGCUACACGAGGAGUUCGAGUGAACGCCAUUUGUCCAGGAUACAUGAAAACGGAUAUGCUUGGUGAUAUCUUCAAACAACAACCUGAAUUGGAAACAGCGUGGGCAGAUCGAGUUCCCAUGAAACGACUUGGUCAACCUCAAGAAUUGAAAGGUGCGAUUGUGUUUUUAGCUAGUGAACAGAGUUCCUAUAUUACAGGUACCGAAUUAUUCGUAGAUGGUGGAUAUACUUCAAUUUAGUAUAGGAUAGUAUUUAUGAUGUUUAAAUUAUUUUUAUUACUACAGUGUUUUUUUUAAACAAGAUGAC